UGCGCGCUUAAAAACAUUGCGUCUGCACGAUUGCCAGGACUGGAGAGGAAAUUUACCUAGAAAGAAAUGCAAAGACGGAUUUAGGUUUGGCUUUGCUACGAGGAAAACGAGGAGGCGCGAUUUUUUUAAGUGAUCAACAUAUUUUUCAUAUAUUCAAAGGUGUGUGCCUCCCGCCCCGCCCCCACCACGGCCCUUACCUGUGUGUUGCGGUGCUUCCCCUGCGAGCCUAGCUGGGCCGGCAGCCCUUUCCUGCACCGCCCCCCCACCCCGCCCCACCCUAUGGUCAGGAUGACACGCUCCAAGACCUUCCAGGCCUACCUGCCCAGCUGCCACCGAACUUACAGCUGCAUCCACUGCAGAGCACACCUGGCUAACCACGACGAGCUCAUCUCCAAGUCUUUCCAGGGGAGCCAAGGCAGAGCUUAUUUGUUCAACUCAGUGGUGAACGUGGGGUGCGGGCCGGCGGAAGAGAGGGUCUUGCUCACGGGGCUGCAUGCUGUGGCAGAUAUCUACUGUGAGAACUGCAAGACAACUCUGGGUUGGAAAUAUGAGCAUGCCUUUGAGAGCAGUCAGAAGUACAAGGAGGGGAAGUUCAUCAUCGAGCUGGCCCACAUGAUCAAGGACAACGGCUGGGACUGAAAGACGAAGCGCCGUCCUUGACUCGGUUAGGGGUUGAAUGGGGGUGGAUGGGAGGGAAGGGGGUGAGUGUGUGACUUUGAUUUACCAUGGACCUCUGUCCUCCCCUCCUGUUGACACACCAGCAGCCUCCAGGGUGGAGGUAGUAGGGGAGUGUGUGUGUGUGGCUGUAGUAGCAGCCUGACCUGCCCCUCUGGGUUCUGUGUGUGUCUGGACUGGAGGAGGAUGUCAUUGGGGAUGGAUGGACACCACCAGACACACGCACAAUGGCAAGCAAACACACACACGUGCACACACACAAACAAACAAACAUGCAUGUCCCAGACCAACAUCCCAGCCUGAUGUGUAGCUCUUCAGAUGGAGAGCCAGGCCAAGGCCAGUGUUGUUGUGUUACUAACUAUGUUAGGGCUGGCUGGCCUGCAGUGUGAGGAGAGACCAGGCCUUGGCAGGGUCAGUAGCCUUGUGUUAAAGAGUUGAUGGGAGCUCUCGUCUGUAUGUGAAUGAGAUGGCCUAAAAUGAUUAUCCCCAAAUCCAUCUGAUCUAAUCCACCCAAGGCCGUGCCAGUUGGGACAAUGAUGAGGCCUCUGGGGGCUGGGUGAGGGAAGGGUUAAGGGAAGGAGGAUGAGGGAGAGGGCAGGUCCUUAUUCUGGAUUCUAGUCCACCCUGGUUGUGAGUUUGUAGUAGCAGCUGGUUGCACAGCUGUGUGAUCCACUCUAGGUUUCAGCGGCAGCAGUUGUUGUUGUGAGAGUCAGGAUGAUAGGGAGUGUGGAGGAUUUAAGUCUAAACUCUGAGAAGAAUCUGCUCAGUCAGUGUUUCGUCUUUCUCCAUCAUCCGUAGACGCCUGAAAUCAUGUCUUGUGAUGUUUGGAUCCUUCAUGUGUUGUGUCUGAUGUAAGUCAGGAUACAUUUACCAUCACCACUAUGGAUUAAACUGAACAUCUUUGACUUUUGAAGCUCUGACUUGAACAGGCUUGGAGAUUGGUUCUAGUGGUUUGGCCACUGAAGCAGUUAGGAUGUGGAGGCCUUUAGGAGAUGCUUUUAUGGCGUUCUGAAAGGUUGAUGUUCUGAAGCUUUCUUUCAAUCUGGGAUGACAAUAGCAGUUCAUAGAUUGUUACACACACUAAUUUACUACCUGGCCCUCACUUAAAACACUGAACAGCAAAGCUGUACAGUGGACCUGUGGAUUUUCUGAACAGAAGCCAACUAAGCAACACAAAUAAUCAAACUAACGUCCCUGGUUUCCACGGCAACUGACUGGCAGUCGAGACUUCCAGUCAGAGGCUGUAGACGUCCCUAGCACAACCAAAGAACCCACCCAUCUACCAUAAAUUGACCAAACACACACACAUAAUAUAUAUAAAAGAUGUUUGCUUGGGUCAAAAUGUUGCCAAACAUGGGGUUGAGAAUUGUUGUUAAAAGCCAAGGUUAUGGAUAGCCUUUCUCUUUUUGUGAUAUAAUGCAUUAUGAUUUUUGUAAAUGACAGAUCUUAAUAUACAGUGCCUUCGGGAAAAUAUUCAGACCCCUAGACUUUUCCCACAUUUUGUUAGGUUCCAGCCUUAUUCUAAAAUGGAUUACAUUGUUUCCCCCCCUCAUCAAUCUACACACAAUAUCCCAUAAUGACAAAGCAAAGAGGUUUUCAGACAUAGCUAAUUUAUUGAAAAAAAUAAUAAUAAAUUUGACAAAAGUAUUCAGACCCUUUACUCAGUACUUUGUUGAAGCACCUUUUGGCAGGGAUUACAGCCUUGAGUCUUCUUGGAUGUGACGCUACAAGCUUGGCACACCUGUAUUUGGGGAGUUAAUCCCAUUAUUCUCUGCAGAUCUUUCAAGCUAUGUCAGGUUUGUUGGGGAGCUUUGCUGCACAGCUAUUUCCAGGUCUCUCCAGAGAUGUUCGGUCAGGUUUAAGUCCAGGCUCUAGCUGGGCCACUCAAGGACAUUGAGACUUGUCCCGAAACGUUGUCUUGGCUGUGUGCUUAGGGUCGUUGUCCUGUUGGAUGGUGAACCUUUGCCCCAGUCUGAGGUCCUGAGCACUCUGGAGCAGGUUUCAUCAAGGAUCUCUCUGUACUUUGCUCCGUUCAGCUUUGCCUCGACCCUGACUAGUCUCCCAGUCCCUGCCGCUGAAAAACAUGCCCACAGCAUGAUUCUGCCACCACCAUGCUUCACCGUAGGGAUGGUGCCAGGUUUCAUCAGACCAGAGAAUCUUGUUUCUCAUGGUCUCUGAGAGUCCUUUAGAUGCCUUUUGGCAAACUCCAAGCGGGCUGUUGUGUUUUUUUACUGAGGACUGGGUCCUUCUGGCCACUCUACCAUAAAGGCCUGAUUGGUGGAGUGCUGCAGAGAUGGUUGUCUUUCUGGAAAGUUCUCCCAUCUCCACAGAAAAACUCUAGAGCUCUGUCUGUGACUAUUGGGUUCUUGGUCACCUCCCUGAUCAAGGCCCUUCUCCCCCGAUUGCUCAGUUUGUCUGGGGAACCAGCUCUAGAGUCUCGGUGGUUCCAAACUUCUUCCAUUUAAGAAUGAUGGAGGCACUGUGUUCUUGGGGACCUUCAAUGCUGCAGAAAUAUUUUGGUACCCUUCCCCAGAUCUGUGCCUUGACGCAUUCUUGUCUCUGCGCUCUAUGGACAAUUCCUUCGACCUCAUGGCUUGGUUUUUGCUCUGACAUGCACUAUCCAUUGUGGGGCCUUUAUAUAUAGACAGGUGUGUGCCUUUCCAAAUCAUGUCCAAUGAAUUGAAUUUACCACAGGUGGACUCCAAUCAAGUUGUAGAAACAGCUCAAGGAUUAUCAAUGGAAACCGGAUGCACCUGAGCUCAAUUUCGAGUCUCAAGGCAAAGGGUCUGAAUACUUAUAUAAAUAAGGUAUUUCUGUUUUGUAUUUUUUUUAUAAAUUAGCAAAACUCUAACCUUUUUUCGCUUUAUCAUUAUUGGGUAUUGUGUGUAGAUUGCUGAGGAUUUGUACAAAUUUAAUCAAUUUUAGAAUAAUGCUGUAAUGUAACAAAAUGUGGAAAAAGUCAAGGGGUUUGAAUACUUUCCGAAGGCACUGUAUACAUAAAUUAUAAUAUAUGUACAUUUGUCUGUGUUACUAAAUGUAAAUAGUAAUAUGUAUUGUCUCUUAUCUAUGAUCGUUAUAUGAUUUGGAUACUUGCCAUGCUUUCUCUGGUAUAGCCCUCGUCGGUUGAACAAUAUUUACUACUUUUUUACUCUUUGAAAAUGUUUCAAUUUUAGUGUCUUUUGUAAAAGGAGGAGAUAGGAGUGACAAUAUCAUCGGAACUUGAUCAAUUAAAGCAUCACCUUGAUACCUGUA